AUGACGAUGAACACGAUGGUAGCUGCGGCAGCCCUUGCUCUCCUCCACCUCUUUGGAGUUUCAGCCACACGCGCAAGCGCUCAGUCGUCGUCGUCACCACCACCACCAGCAGGCAUCUCCUCCUGCCUGCUCUCCAAUGGCGUCACCAACUUCUCCCUCCCAUCAUCCCCAAGCUACACGCCGCUCCUGGACUCCUCCAUCCGGAACCUCCACUUCGCGCUCCCGAGCGUCGGCAAGACGGCCGCCGUCGUGCUCCCGGCCACCAAGCGCGACCUCCAGCGCGCCGUCCUCUGCGCGCGCAACACCUCGCUGGCGAUCCGCGUGUGCAGCGGCGGGCACAGCUACCAGGGCCUCUCGUAUACCACGGAGAACCACGUGCCCUUCGUGGUCCGGCUCGUCGCGGUCCCCGACAACAUCACCGUGUUCAGCGUCGGCCGGACCGGCCCGGCCGACCUCAUCGCCGGGCUGAUGCACAUGUGGCAGUACGUGGGGCCGAGUCUCCCCGACGAGUUCUACCUCUCGACGUACAUUCCCACGGGGACAUCGAACGGUGCCAACCACUCCAUGUCGUUCACCGGCCAAGUUCUCGGGCCGAAGCGUCUUGCCAUGUCGGUGCUGAGCCAGACCUUCCCCGAGCUGGGGCUCGCCGAGUCGGAGCUGUCCGAGGCACCGAUCUCGAUGCGGGACGCGGUGAAAAUCCUGCGGUUCAUGGCGACAGGGCCGCCGGAAGGAUCCAUCCAGCUGGAUCCCUACGGCGGCGCCAUGGCGAGGAUCGGGAGCACCGUGACGCCUUUCCCACACCGUGCUGGGUACCUUUUCAGCAUCCAGUAUGGCGUCUCGUGGAAAGCGUCGGAUGUCGAUCGUGCGGACGAGUACAUCGUCGGAUGGCUACGGUCGUUCUACGCUUUCAUGGCGCCUUACGUGACUGUGAACUACUUGGACCUUGAUUUGGGCACCAAUGGCUGGAUGAAUGCGACUGGUGGAACGUCCUAUGGCUCUGUGGGACAUGCGGCGUCAUGGGGCGAACGCUAUUUCUUCAUGAAUUUUGGCAGGUUGGUUCGAGCCAAGACUAGGGUUGAUCCUGGAAAUGUGUUCAACAAUGCACAAAGCAUUCCUCCUUUAUACUCAUAA